AUGGCUUCCCAGAAGCUGUUACGUGCCAGUGAGGUCGCCGUUUUUACGGAUGCCGAGCUGGAUGACUUUCUCGAAGCGAGCUGCUUGCCGAAUGGCGAUCGCGUGGUUGAGGUCGAGGACCCGGACAAUCUACCUGAAUCUUUCCUCCAACGCCUGCGCCAGCGCCACCACGUGGCCGCUCCCUUUCCUCCUCAAGCUCCUCGACAUCUUGUAGCACCGUUGCAUCGGAGGACCUGUACCAAGAAUCGUUGGAAGAAGAAAAAGAGGCGUAUCACAAGCUCCUCAGACGGCGGCCGGCCUUUUUACCCGAUCGAGCUGCUCCCAAGUAUCUCGCGGAAUCCUGAGCAAUACCCCGACAUCCUGCGCCCCUGGGCGGAACCAUCGAAACCACCGCUAUGGAACAUCUUUUCGACUCAGUGGUGGUUAUGGUUUUGCUUCCGUGGCUACCAAGACGCAAACCGAGAAGUGUUCAAAGGGAAGAUGGAUAAGUACCAUCGGGUCAUGUUGAGGAACCUGGCGCGGUUUUCGAUCACGCUUCCGCCGCAAAUCGAAUUCCAAGAGGACAAGAGGACCGGAGCCGACAAGAUAGGCUUACGGAUUGGGUUGAGCUCGAUUCAGUACGAGUUAAGGGUCGCCCAGCUAAAGUGGACCGCCGAUCAAAUUCCUUUGCUCCAAGCCGAACAGAAACGCGACACGGAAGCAAGUCUUAAGCGCAACGGGACCGGGGGAAACGACAGUGCCACCGCCGAGCCACUGGCUAAGAAGCGGAGGACCCAUGACCCUGAGGGCGUCGUUGCGAACCGUCAGCCGCCCGAAACACUCUCCGACUCUCGGCCCGAGAAUUCGGUCCCUCCUAACGACGCUCAAUCAGAACUUUCCGCAGCGGAGCUGGAAAUCGGAAUUACAGGAGAAAGAAGUGCCCCCAAAGCCGACUCAGUACCUGAUACCCAGGGGUGCAGACGAUCAGGCGUCGAUGCUGAGCAAGUACACAAGAAGCCAGCGGAUUCCGGGCACCACCACGACAACUCCAACGCAGCCCCCAUUAUGUCGCAGCAAGAAGACAGCCGAGCAACGGGACGCAUCACCGCGGUCGCGGCCUCCGGAGAAGCCCCGACAACCCGGUGCCGGUCCGUCAGUGGCAAUGGCGAGGACGACGGUUCCUGUUCGGGGAAAGCACCUUGA